AUGGACCCCUUCAGCAUCAAAAGGGUUCCCUGCAUCGUGCUAUGCAACAUUAUCCGACAAAUCCCCGACUGGGUGACACUCGUAAACCUCAUCGAAGCGUCCCCACGAAUACGGGAGAUCUUCGAACCCGGCAAGAAUCCCAAGGAAGACGCAGAGCCCGCAGCAACGCACAUAGUCGACAUCAUCGUGAAGGAUAACCCCAUCACAAAGAGCAGUCUACACCGUCACUUCUGGAGAAUCACAGAACUAAAACAGCUAACCCCAGAAGGAAUCCAGGAGUCAUUCCGAGAAGCACGUCCUUAUAUCCGAAGAAGUGGCUUAAACGAAGGAGAGCCGGAACAACGCAGCCUAACAGAAUUCCUCGCCCGCCAUAAGCCUCCCACUUCUAUAUCCUGA